AUGAUAACAUCAGUUUAUGCAACACGACAAGAUCCAUCGAAUGUCCUUUAUGGUUUAUUUUCUGAUUCUGAUGAAACUCAUGUUCAUUAUGGAUUACUCGAUUUGGAUACUUCACAAUUUAAUAUAUUUAGUUCAUUAAGUAUCAAUGAUGUUGGAAAUCCUAAAAAUGUAAAAUAUUCUGUCGUACCAUUAACAUAUGAUCCAAAUAAUGAUGUUGUUUAUAUGGCAGCACCCUCAAAUAAUAGCAAAACAAUAUUAAGUGUUAUUAAUGCAACAACUGGCAAUCUUUUAUCAACAUUUGAAACAAUUUCAAAUACAAUAAUUUCUCUUCAAUAUGAUAUAUUUCAAAAACAAUUAUUUGCACAUAUAGAAACAAAUUUUGAAAAUGUAACAUUAAUUGGAGAAAUUGAUACAAAUAAUGGAAAUAUUAAACAAAUUUUAGGAACAAUAAAUAAUACUAAACCAACUCAUAUGUCAAGUUAUUGUCCAAUUUGUAGAAAAUAUUUUUUAAUUAUGAUUGAAGAUAAAGAUUUUAUAUAUGUUGGUGUUAAUACAAGUAAUUCAGGUGGAGUUGAUUGGAAAGCAAUAAUCAAUUUUCCUCCUAUUAGUAUUAAAUUUGAUUAUAAAACAUUUACAAUGUAUGCAACAUAUAUUAAUCAAACUGAUGGAAUUACUUCUUCACUUGGAAUAUUAAAUAGAACAUUAGGUGGAAUUAGUAAAGUUAUUGGAAUUAUUUCUCAACAUCCUGAGAUAUAUGUUACUUCACUUUCAGCAUAUGAUGUUGCUCAAAAUAUAUAUUAUGCAUCAAAGCAAUUAAGUUUUCCUUCUUAUUCAGGUGUGUCGUAUAUUAAUGUUAAUACAUCAGAGGAAAAAUCUAUUCUUCUUACAAAAACUAAAUAUAAUUCCUAUGCAUGGUUUAUCAAACAGUUCGUUCAUUAA